CUUGUCCCUAUCUUUGUUUACAACUGUUUACGAUUGGGUUACGCAUUGUUUACAAAAUUUACUUUUACAAAAUAGCAUAUCUUGUUUUUGUAUUUAAAUUAAACACGUUGCAAAUAGAAAACAAACAAUCCUUGAUGGCCUUUUAAAGCUAUAUAUGAAAAUAUCAAAACUUAAAACAUUAUCGUGAACGCAUUCUUCUCAGCAAGACAAGAUUACCAACAUCAAGAAAACUAUUAAUGAGUGCUGCCAACACUGAUAUCAGUCAUGUGUAGUUGUUGUAGAUUGUAGUAGGUAUCGUUGCUUGCUUGCUUUCUUUACUUUGCACCGCGCGUCGUCUACCAAUUGGACUUAAAUUGAAAGAAUAUUUAUCGCAUAACAUUAAAGUUAAUCAUAUAAAUUUAAUACGUAAUAACUAAACGUAAACAACAUUCAACCGUGCCAAUAAUACGAGGAUGUGUAGAAAUAUGUGAAAGUGACAGUCGCAACAAUCGACUUAGUUUUUGUGAUUAUAAUGUUAUUUCGCAUAGUUUCAAGUCCACCAGUUUGUAUGUGCUGAAAUGUUACAUUUGGGAGUUCUUUCGUGUAUCGUCGAGGAUACCUGAUCCGCGAUGUUCGAGGCGGGAUAGCAAGCGCUUGCACGGACAACAUUUAUAAUGCAACAAGAUUUUUUAGCGGACGAGUGCAAGAGUAAAAGUCUGCGGCGGAGGCCCACGAAGGUUCUGAAGAUAGCCGAGAGCUUCACGAACUUGGAUGAGACUGCGAAGGCGGGCCGUUUCGUGAGGGGGCCUAACUGGCGAAGGCGUCGUGAAGGACUCGACGGGAGAACCAAGUGUUGUGAUGAUGAUUUCUGUGUUAAGGAGUCGAGUGUGAGUGAUGACAGUGAGAAGGUGGGCGACCGGAGGGUCACGGGCUCGUCGUGCACGGCCCUCCGGACCGCGGUGGCUGCUCUGUACCCGUUUGAUGAUUUCAUCCUGGAGAAGAUUGGCUCUGGAUUCUUCUCCGAAGUUUUCAAAGUGACCCAUAAAACGUCCGGCAAGGUGAUGGUGCUGAAGAUGAACCAGCAGCGCGCCAACCGGCCCAACAUGCUGCGCGAAGUCCAGCUCAUGAACAAACUGAAACAUCCUAACAUACUUGGGUUCAUGGGCGUAUGCGUACAUGAGGGCCAACUCCACGCCCUCACCGAGUACAUGGAAGGCGGGUCCUUGGAGCAGGUCAUCCUGGGGAUGCCCCCCGAGCCGCUCCCGCAGGCGGCGCGGGUCUCGCUCGCCGCCGACAUGGCCGCCGGGCUGGAGUACCUACACUCUCUCGGCGUGUUCCACCGCGACCUCACCGCCAAGAAUGUAUUAGUAAGAAAGCACGGAGAAGGAGACUUCACCGCAGUAGUGGCCGACUUUGGUCUCGCCGCUAAAAUACCUCAUCCAGUCAAUGGCUACCGGCUGCCAAGCGUGGGCUCUCCGUGGUGGAUGUCGCCCGAGUGCCUGCGCGGCCGCUGGUACGACAACCGCUCCGACAUCUUCUCCUACGGCAUCAUACUAUGCCAGUUGAUCGCCAGGGUGGACGCCGAUCCGGACGUGCUUCCGCGCACGGACAAUUUCGGCCUCAACUACAUGGCAUUCGUGGAGCUGUGCGACGAACAGACCGUGCCGGACUUUCUGAGGCUAGCCUUCAACUGUUGCAUCUACGAUCCUAAAGCGCGGCCGCUAUUCCCCGAGAUAGUGAGCAACCUCGCCGAGAUUAAAGAAAGCUUGGACGAUGCGCCGUGGGGCCACGCGCCCAACAUCAGCUACGACAGCGAGGAAUCAGACGCAUCAGGUCCCCGUUCUUGUCCCGGGCUGUACGCGUGGCGCCCACAGCGGCACGUGAGCCAUGACCCGCUGCGACACACGCCAUUGGAUACCAUCCAGCACCGGCGCUCGCUCUCGGAGCUGGAGUGGGGCGCGGGCCCGCCGCCGCGCGUGGCGCCGCCGCCGCACCGCUCGGCGUCGGCGCUGCCCGCCGCGCGCGCGCCGCCGCGCCUGGCGCGCCUGCACCGCCUCGCGCACAUCAUGCUGCUGCGCGACCCGCCCCGGGGCCGCGGGGGGACACCGCUGCAUACCUUCCGCGGGGUUAACAAGAUCCUUGAGCACCCUCAUUCGAGGGCCAGCGGUUUUUCUUCAUGCGUGGAGCUUCCGUCGCCGCUCGUGCGAGUGUCCGACGAACCAGAGCUGGGCGAGGCGCGCUGCGCGUCCCUCCCGUCGUCGCCCGGCCUGUCGCGGCGCGGCUCGCUGGAGCGGCCCGCGCAGCAACAGCAGCCGCGCCCUAUCAACAACACCGAGCUAUCGGAAGGCACAUUGCUCGGCGCGGCGCGGCGGCGCGGCUCGUGCGAGUCGGGCAUCUUCUCGGUGGCCAACGAGGACCUGUGCGCCACGCACGCCGACUGCUUCUACAACGCCAUGUGCCCCUGCUCGCUCAUGGGCUGCCAGCGCUGCUGGUGGUGGCCGCGCCGCCGCCCCGCCGCCGCCGACGACGAGCUCGACUACCGCGACCCGCCGCUGCGCAUGUGUGAGCAUUGCCUUCUCAUUUACGACAGACUGUUCAACGCCCGAACCUACAAGCGCGGCGCCGCCGGCUCGGCCAACUCUAGCCUCUUCGUCCUCGACGAUUCCGCCCUUUCGACUACGACGGUGAGCUCGCUGCGGAGUCUAGACGACUUAGAAGAAGUCCCCUCCCGCGACGAGCCCCAGCCGCGGAGAAUAAUCGAGCACGACGCCUCACCGUUCCUGUGCGGCAAGCUCGACUCUAACAGACCGGAUUCCGACGCCUCCGAAACGCCGGAGCCUCAAAAGGAAUACCAUAUUCUGGACAGAUGUUGCUGCGUGAGUCGCGCGAAAUGUUUAAGCGGAUGCGUCUCCCAUAAACCUUUAGAUGACGACGAGCUGAGCUAUCUCCUUCAACGCGGUCCGCUGAUCAACCAUCUUCUAAACUCGUCCUGCAAGCGAACCUCCAGCGUGUACACGGACAGCUCGGAGGACGUGGCGUCGCUGGCCGGCUCGGACAGCCUGUACUGCGACGAGAGGAUCCCGCGGCACGUGCGCUCGGCGCAGAUAUCCAAGAUAGUGGAGUACUUCGAGCGCAAGGGCGCGGACUUCAAGUGCGACCGGACGUUCAAAAGUUCGCGUUUCAAAGUGAGCAACUUCAGUAAAGUGGAAAUGUUACAGUUCGCGAAAGGUAAGGAGGGCGAGCGGAGUGAGAAGGAGUACUUCGUGGACGUUAAACAUAGGGGGCUGGAUGACGGCUGCGGGAGGAAGUGCGUCCAGCAGAGACUCAUGAUCUGUGAAGGCGCCGUCAAGUCCAAGCUUCCUCUCUUCGACAAGAAGUCGUAGCGACGUUGAGCGUUACAACUGAUGUGUCAAAUCGAUAGUGAUUCGAUACUUCCACAGUAGUUACGGAUAAAUAUUUUUACUCUAUAAUAUACACGGCGAUAUUGGAGUGAUUCAAGGCUAGUGCCGACGUUUCCCGUCUACAUAUUCUAUAGAUACGAUGUAUCGUGUUGAAAUUUGUUUGGCCGACGGCCGUACUGUUUCGAUUUUAUUUUGACGACUGAAUUAAAAGUAAGGUUUAGAGGGACGGUUGUAGAUUUAGUUUUAGUGGAAAUAUUAGUUCGGGCGGAGAUUCUCAGUUGAUCCUACGAUGGCCUAUUGUUACGCAAUAGUCUAUGUUAGUCUAAAUAUAUCUAUGGCAGCAUAUAAUCAUUGUUUUCUAAACGAAGUGCAUUCUUUAUAGUUAUACAGUUUAUAUAUAAAUUCGAGUUUUGUAAAUACGUUUAGGUUUAAUAUGUUUCAUUUAAACUUAUUUAUACACAGUAUUAUAUUAGUACUUGCCAGUUCAGAUAAUUAUAGUGUACAUAAAACCGUAACUGUUAAGAUUUAGCAACUGUCAUAAUAAUAUUUUUUGUACUUUUAAAGUGGCAGCAGUUUAAUAGAUAAUUUAGUAAUUUAACCUUUUUAGAUUUUAAUAUACAUCCUUAAUCCUUAUUAAAUUUAAUCGACAAAGUCAUAGAUUGAGUUAUUUAAAAUUGUAGUUUUUUUAUAUAUUUGCUAAAUAAUUCUAAAAUGGGUCGGCAAAGAACCGUUUCUGUAUUUUUUACUUACGUCUGGUGUAAACUUUGCGUCUGAAGACUUACACAGAAUUAUUGAUACCACAUAAUACAAAUAUAACACUUGGUUGUCAAAUAGAUGAAUUUUAUUUGUCAAACUGUCAUAUAAUACAGUCAAGACAUUCUCAACAUCUGCACUAUUUUUGUAGAUAAUUCUGAAUAAGAUUUAAGAUCAGAGUUAAAAGGAAAAUAAAGCAAGUCAUUUUAAUGAGUUUCUAUCUUUAGUCAGUUUUCACCAGUAAAACAACGAUGUGUUGAAUUAUUUGAGAACACAGCCCAACCUAAUACAUAUUGUAAGUACGAAUAUAUAUUUCAGCAUUCGACAGUAAAAAUAACUUACUUUUUUCCUUAUUCUGUGAGUUACACCAGACGUACGAGAUAAUAUUUCGUAUAUCUAUCCUAAAUUAAUUAUAAAUGUCUCUAUAUCUAUACAGGCACGUAACUAGUCUUCACAUGCGUGUCAAAUGUCCGUCGAACUAUUAACGAACAAACAUAUUCAUAUAUUAUUAUAUACAUAUAUCUUUGCCGUAAGCAGCUGCUAUAAUGGAGUGAUCAUUAUAACUGUCGGAAAUUAUGUGUCUUCGAGGACAAUAUUAGUGUGUGUUAAAACAAAAUAUGUCAAAAAUACUGACCUUACAGUUUUUUAGAUAAUUAUAAAGGGGCCGAUUGAUUCGCCGGACGAUAUCGGCCUGUCAUUUAUUCGCGAUUGUCAGCUUUUGCGAAUAACUGACAGACAGGCCGAUAUCGUCCGGCGGAUCAAUCGGCCCCUAUUAUAUUUAUUAAUAUUUAAUGUGUAAUGCAAAGACAUGACUUAAGUUGUGACAACGUUGAGUUUUGUCUGUACCACUAUCAGUAUAUCAUAGUCUCCAUUUCAUAUAUGUACAUCAUUUGUAUUGUAUCCGGGAAUAGUAACGAUUUUCAAAUAUUAUGACGCCGUGUUUCUGACAGUUUGACUGACAUUCGCUCCUGCGGCAGCAACUCCAUUAUUAUAAAAUUAAUGUACAAAAUUGUGUCAAAACAAAUGGAAAUAUUGAAAGGCGUGUCUCAGUAAACAUAGUCAAAUAAAGAAUUAAUCGCGUAUGAACCUAUAAAAGGGUGAAUCAACUUUUUUUGUUUUGUUAUCCUGUCCCGUUGUCCAAGGGACAACAGUGGCACAGUUUGUUUGAAGAGACGUUGUAUGCCGUUCUAUUAACAUAUAUAGUCCUCCUCAUAGUUUUCUAUGACGGCGACCCCAAAUAAACACAUUAUGGACGUUGUCUAGCAUGAGCCCUAAUGUGGUUCUAUUAACAUGCUUAGUAGGGGGCCCAUUAUGGACAUUGGUUAUAACGACCACAAAAACGCAAGUUUAAUUCAUUUAAGUACCAUAAAAUCAGUAUUUCAAUGAACUUUUGUCCCCUGGACAACUAAUCGUAACCAUGGCAACGAGUGACGCUAAAAAGUUGAUUCUCCCAAAAAUACAUUUCUAAAUUAUGGUCCUAAAAACUAUGUCUACGAGGGCCACGAGCGCAAUGGCGUCCGAAGCGUAGGAGGUAAUUUUUAAUUUUAUUUAUAUACUUACGCGCACAAUUUCACUUUCAAUUUAAUAAUGUCAAAAAUAAUGAAAGUUUUGGCUAAGAUAAAUACUUUAUUCGGCUUCAAGCAAAGACUUGUUAAAACCAGUAGAGUCGGUCUAAAUUAACUCUGCACAGCAAUUGUGAUAUUUAUUGUGACACUACCGCACAUUUUCACGUCAAAUUCAGUGCAGAGUUGGCCUAGAAGGAUUCCGCUGUUUGAUUCAACUUGUCUUGAAAUGUGCAAUCAUUCUGAGCGCGCCUAAAAUGGAUUAUUUUAAUGAAAAACAAACGCAAAACACACAGAAAUAAACAGAUGACAAAUAUAAUCAGCCAGUUUGUGUCUUGUUAAAAUAAUCCAUUGAUAAAUGAAAAAUAUUUUUGUAAAUACAGUAUUACAUAUUUAUUUAAUCAUCAUCAUAUACUUUAAAUCAUGGUAUAUAUGUCAGGGUAUACUAAAUCAUUGUAAAUAUGAAGAGAUUCCAUUUUGAAGGUGUAAAGAGAAAUUAGUUUAUAACGGGCUCGUUUGUAUGAGGAUAUUUCAGUGCCAAAAAUAAUUUGUAUUUUUGUUCGAUUGAAUAUGUUAAAAAUCGCACACUUUGUUGAAACAUUUCCUUGUGUUGAAACCACGCCGAAUCUUAUAUAUUUCAAUAAAAACCGACGGAGGUAAAACAAAUCUACUCGUGUCUGAACCAGCUAUUCCAGGUAAAUAUCAUUGCAGACUUGUUUUUUGAAGUUGAAUAAGAUUUUACCUGCAAUAAGAAAUUAAAUGAUUAAAACUUCCAGAGAGAAACAUGUUCUUAACCCACAAUAGACUGUAGACUGACACAAUAGAUACGAAAAUAAAAAUGAUAGUGACAUUUUAUUAAUUAUUAGUUCAAUAGACUAUUCGUCUUAAUAAAACGUCAGCAUCAUUUCAUCAAAUAAAUUUGGUGUGGUUUAUUUAAAAGUAAUGAAAAACUCGAAAGCAAUUAAUUGUCCGUCCAAUCGUUCCCAGUGCACGUGAAGCACUUCGUGUUAAACCAUACGGCAAACGGGCCAUUUUCCCCCCCAUCUAUAAUGAAGAUUUUGAACUAGAACUAAAAAUCUAGACAACCUGGACUUGACUACUACACCAAAAAAAAAAUUGAUUGUACGAGUAAUAGAAAAAAGUCGAAGAAAAAAACGUGUCCGCUAGUUUGACAGACACAUGGCACUUUACUACGCCGUAUGUUUUGUGGUCAAUGAAUUGUCAAAAGUAAAUUUUUUGACAACCAGAAUUACCCACUAUGCGGUAACCCACUGAGCCGUACAGCGCCAUCUCGAGUAGAUGUCAAAUUUGAAACACGAAAUUGUCUUACUUAGACUUGACUCAUGUAGUACAAUUAAUGAAUCUUUGCUUUCACUGAUGUUAAGGCGGGAUUCCACCAGUGUGCGGCACAAGCAUUUUUGAACUUAAUAUGCUUGUACCUUUACAGGUCCAGAUCUGCUAGUGUGAAAAGUCACAUAAUAUUAAUAAUUAAUCCAACGCCCUACCGUUGCCGUAUGUGUCCAUACCAUAGUCCUUUAUUUGAUACAACUGUGUAGUUAGCAGGACGCAAGACUGAAAGUAGUUAAAGGUUUUCUUUUCAUACGUUUGUCUUUCAUUCGCAUAAAACAAAAAAAUAAGAAGCACCUUUAAUAGUUAAACUUAGAGAUAUGUCUUAAUUUAUCAUUUCAUUGGACGAUCCCAUAGGCUUUUGGUUAUUGCAAAAUUACCUCUAAAACUGCGUAAGAGAAUCCAAAUUGGCUUGUCUCAUUUGAACAUUGACCUUAAUAGGUUUUAUACUACUUAAAUAAUAAUAAAAAUACCAUGUUAUUGGGAUGGUUCAAUUUGCAUAGUCAAUAUUGUUAGAUAAUAUUAUUUUCAAUAAAACUGAUUUAGUAUAAAUAUAGUCCAGUUAUUUCUGUUUAACAAUAAUAACCAGUUUCGCUGGUUUUUGUACUUUCCGAGACGUUUAUUGAGACAUUUUCAACAAAAUUAAAUGUCCGCCAUUUUGUUAAAGUGUCAUCACAAAAUGGCCGCCACGAGAAUGUAUCGAAAACGCUCGGAUUCUCGUCAACUAUUAUGAAAUAAUUGUAAAACUAACUACGAUAUUUGUCAAAUGUACCUGUUACGACUACACUAUAUAUAACGUGCAAUAGCAAGGUAUAUUUAGAGAAACACCUGAUUAACUUUAUGAAAAAUGUUCCUUGGCAUUUUUUGCAGUAAGUUAACAUGAAAAAAAAUCCUUUUUACCCUUUUUCCAGGCGUAGUACGAUUUAUCGACCACAUACAUGCCAAUAGAAUUUCAACUUUAGCAUUCCGAUUUAAGGUUGAAAUUUGAUUGCACUUUCUAGAAAUGUAACUUGUCUUCAAAUCAUUAAAGCUUGAUUAAUUUGAGUAUUUUUGGAUUUUUUGGGAAAACCUUGUAGAUUGGUGCUGCCUGGAAAAGGUUAAAAUUUAAUCGUUUUAAUACAUUAUGUUUACAUUCUCAUCGAUAUCUUUGUACUUGAAGGGUUUUAGAGCAAUUAUCGACCUAAUAUGAACCUAAGGUUGACACUAGUUCCUUGUCUUGCACCCUUACCAAGGAAUGUUUCAACGCAAACUUGCCAUUUCUAGAGCUGAGUUACACCAUUUAAGCAUAUCAGUUUCAGGAUACGUAGUUAAGAAAUAGUUGUUUUUGGUAAAGGUGUUAAUUAUCAUCAAAAAUGGUUUAUAUUGAAGUUGGUUCAAGUCUGAAUGGAUCAAUGAACCAUGUUUGAUCAUUUAUUGAUACAAAUAGAAUAACCUGUUUUGGACACGCGCGUGUAAUGUAUAUUACCCUAUAGUUGGCACUCCACUAAUGUUUGGCAUCUUCAACCUUAUUUUUAAGCAGCCGUGGCGACUUUCUUACAAAUUAAGUGGGUGCCAAUUACUGGUACUUUUCAAUGCUAAUCAUUGGAUAGUUUACCCUAUGUAAAAUGUCUAAAAUACUUAUAAUAAUAUACAUCAACGUUAAUGAAACUCAGAAUAGUGUUGUUAAUGUUUUAUUAAUUACUUUAAACGCGCAAAGCUUGACGCAGAUGGCGCUAUAAUAAAAAUAUAUUGGAUAUGUCAAAUCCAAAGAAACAUAAAUCACAGACUUUUGGGUUCCACAAAGUGUUAUUUUUAGGCACUGGUCCCACCGCGAGCGAGUAAGCUAUGAACUAUCGGCUAUUUUGUAGCUCAAGAAACGAACAAAAGAUAAUCGCUUUCGUGUAAAUAAAAGAGAGAGAUAUAUAUUUAUAGUUCAUAGCUGGCUUGUUCACACCGCCGGCGAAGACACUCUCCCACCGCCCGGCGAGUAAGCGAUAAUUCCAUACAAUGUUUACUAGCCGCCCGCUGAUUGUCAACUGUUUCUAGUACAUAAUUUUACUAGUUGAUAGCCGAGCUCGCUGAUAGUUGGCGGUGGGACCACUGUUUUCUAGUUGACCGCCGCGAUAAAAGCUAUCGACUAUAAAACUAGCUCAGCGGUACUCGCCGGUGCCUGCUUGGCGAUCAGACCGAUCAUUUUACCAAACACUCGCUUAUAGCUCAGCGUCUAAACUAGUAAAACUAUACUCGCUUCUCGCCGCUCGCCCACUAGUUUGUAGUUUAUAGUUUCACUCGCUUAUAGUUUGUAGCCGGCGGUGGGACCAGUGCCUUAAGGGGCUUCCAAACUUAAUGUUGCCAGCAAAAUAAAGCCAUUGAAUUUUACGCGCUUAAUUCGACAGUAUUAAUUGAGAAUUCGUAAACCUUAUUGCAAAUACUUAAGGUCCACAAAUGGUCACAUUGGUCACGUUACCCCCAAAAACGUCAACAGCCCACAAUCUUCGUGCCUCCGACAACGUUCAAAGGGUUAAGUGUCAUUACGAGUUUCUCAUACUAAUGUUGCAUUAAUUAUUAUUUGAAUAAAUCGUAAAGGCGCCAGACUUAUUUAAUGCAAAUUCACUAUUGUUCUAAAAAUGCUUGGCGUUACUCAGUAAACCUAUUUAGUUAUCUUUACAUGACGCAAAAGUAAUACUAAUUUUGAAAUAACGAUUAAUUACUAUCAACUGUUUUCAACGCAAAAGCGAAACAACUGCAUAACUUCGAUAAGCGAUCGAGCAGUUCCUAAUACAGUUUGAAAAUAACGGGAUCUUGGGUUCCAUUGUGUUCUUGCUGUUCUUGUAGGUCGUUUUUAAGGUUUUUUUAAAGUCUAUACUGCACUCCUGAGUCCACGAUUUUAGUAAUUUACACACCAAUGGAAAAUUUAAUCAACACAACCCUUUACCGCAUGUUGUUCCAUAUAUCGCCGUUAUAAAUUCUAUUCUAUCUACAGUUAUUCAAGAUCAAAUUUAGCGUACAAAUAAUUCUAAAUGUCGUGCUGUAAAAGGUUAACCCCGGAAUGUAUUAAUGUAAAGAAAGUUAUCCUUCCAAGAACUCAAAAAUAAUGGUAUGCUAACUGAAAGAUUUGUACACUGCGCGAGGUUUGUACACUGUUUACGUAUAAAAUCCGCAUCAACUUUCUCACAAUCUGUGGUAAAAAUAUUUACACGUGCGUGUCCUUUAGUAAGUUAAUAUUGUUUUAAGGCACUAACGUAAUCUGUUAUACGGUUGUGUCCAGCCCGACUAAUUAGUGUAAGAGCCGAGGAGGCGCAAGCAUAAUUUGUAACGAAGGUGUAUUAAAUAUAUUUUGUUUCAA